AGAACUUGUACAGGUCUAUUUUCUUAGCUUUUUUUUAAAAAACUUUUUAUUAUAUAUAAAAAUUAAAAAUUUAAUCCCUUGUAUAAAAAGCUUCUUUCUUUGUUAUGGUUUGUAAGAGUGUUUAUCCAAGGAGAGAGAAAAAGAUUGUGUCUUUUGCUGUUAAGAACCCUAAAGGUUUUAGUACAGUUUCUUCUCUGAUGAUAUCUUUAGGGUCUUACCCAUUAGAUCAUCUUUUGUUACAACUUAUUAUCAUUCAUCCAACUAUUUUCAUGUCAUUUUCAUUCUAGUUUUUAAUUUUUUGGAUGAAAAUCAAAAUUAGCUUUUUCUUAAACCCUUAUUUAUUACAGUUUAAUCUAUUCCCAAAAUUCUCAAAAAUCCCAAAAAAAGGAGAAUUUUUAUUUGAGACCCCACAAAACAAAAGUGGGCAAAGUUAGAUUCCCACUUAUGAUCAGCUUCUCUUCUUCCUUCCAAUUUUUGCUCUUCAGAUUUGGUUCUUUCCUUGUAGAAUCUUUCAUGAAGCUGACAUUUUGAUGUUUUUAGCAAUUCUCUUGUAUGAAAACUGUAUAUCACUUUAAAUAAAAUUGCUAAAAAAACUCACUUUUUUUUUUUGUGGGGAGUUAAAAAUAUGGUUUCACAAGAAACACAAACAAACCCUACUUCAUCAAGUAGUUUACACCACUUUUUAAUCUCAAACCCAAUUUCUUCUCAACCCCUUUUUGAUAAAUAUGAUCAGAACCCACAUUUUGAUGAUUCUUAUAAUUCUGAUAUUAUAAGGGUCAAUUCAAGUAACCCAUUUUCAGAUCAUCAAUCUCUUGGUAAUACCCAUUUUCCAACGAUUCAAUCUCUCGAAGAAAGAAUGUCAAGGUCAAUUAAUCUUGUUCAUGAUCAUUCAUCAGUAGUUGUACACCCUGAUGAUCAUUCUGAUAUGGGUCAUACUAGGCAUCUCAUGGACCUUCUUGGAGCUUCAAAUGAGGCCAACCAGGGCCCGAAUAGGCUUUCGCUUUCGCUCGGUUCUCAAGUGCUUCAUAGUCCUCAAUACAGGCAAAGAACCUUUACUUCAGAGCUUAUGCAACAGGCUUACAGUAAUUUAGUUAGUUCUUCUGGUGAUCAAGAAAAUUGUAACCCAGGGGACUAUUCUUUCAUGGGAAAUUCCUCUUUUACUACAUAUUCUGUCAGUAAUUCGAUGUAUCUGAAGCCUGCACAAUCAAUACUCGAAGAGGUAAUCGAUCUCGGGAGCAAAGACAUCGAAUUAAACAAUGUAAAGAGGUUGUUUAUGUGUAGCAGAGGACUCUGUUCUGAAUUAAGAGCUGAAUUGAUGAGUAAUGGGUUUUUAUCAGCUGAUAAACAUGACCUCCAAAUCAAUUUUUCCAAGCUUAUUACUUUACUAGAACAGGUUGAAGUGAGAUAUGAUGAGUAUUUUCAAAGGAUGGAAGAUUUGAUUUCAUCAUUUGAGAUGAUUGCAGGAGACGGCGCUGCGAAAUGUUACACUGCAUUAGCCUUUCAGGCAAUGUCUAGGCAUUUUUGUAGCCUAAGAGAUGCCAUAGUAACCCAAAUUAAGAUUAUUAGGAAAAAAAUUUCACCUGAUUUACCAAAGAUUGGAAGUGGGUUGUCCCAUUUAAGUUUACUAGAUCGAGAUGGUCGGAAUAGCAAUAGCAGGAUGUCUCUCCAACAGAUUGGGCUCAUACAAGGAACUCAUCGACAAGCAUGGCGGCCUAUUCGAGGACUUCCUGAGACCUCGGUGGCCAUUUUACGUGCUUGGCUGUUCGAGCAUUUCCUUCAUCCAUACCCAAAUGACUCAGAGAAGCUAACAUUGGCAUCACAAACUGGCCUUACAAAGAAUCAAGUUUCGAAUUGGUUUAUUAAUGCAAGAGUAAGAUUGUGGAAGCCAAUGAUUGAAGAAAUGUACAAAGAAGAAUUUGGGGAUUCUUCAGUAGAUUCUUCAGGGGAAGGUCAGAUUGAUAAAACAGAAGAUCAAUGAGAUGAUGAUUUGUUAUAAAUGAACUUGAAAUUGGUUAGUUUUAUGCCAAGUAAAAUCUUCAUUUUGUAAAUGUAUGUAGUACAUUAUUAGAUGCAUUAGUUUAGCUGAAAUUAGAGCAUAUUGAUCUUCUUCAUGUGAUUCGAUCGAUUUUUGUACUAAUCUUCUAGUUUUGUAGUUAAUCUUAAGAGUGAAUGAAGCUUGUAGUCCUGAAUUCAUUUCAUGCAAACUUUCUUAUGAAUUCAUCUAAAGCAAAAUGCUCUUCUUCGAAAUACUAUCUAGAUAUCAACCAUGAAGCAGGGGCGGAACUAUGUUGACCAAUACGGGUUUAAGUGAACCCGACCAUAAGACCAUUCGAUAGUUAGACGGUUUGGAUAAUAGUUAGCCGUUAAUUGCACGCCCAAGUCAAAAGGGUUUGAUGAUUGAUGAACCUUUAAAACAAGGUAGGGUCAGUAUGGGUCCUUAAAGUAGGAAGACUAUGGGCAUGUGAGCUGUGGAAAUGGGUCUACAUAUUGCACUUGACCUACGGCUGCAGGCACCAACAAGAUUUGGGGUGAUAUGGAUAGAUAAUAUAUGGACAUCCUACGAAUUGAUGCUUCAAAUAAUUGUGGAAGUUGGUCCUCGUUAAUUAUUACAUCAAAAAGACUCUCAACGUGUAUGAUUAUUAUAGCACCAAAGUUUGCUACUUCUUCC